AUGCUAAAAUCUAACGAGUCGGUUUCCAUGAACUCUAAAAGAGUUCAAAAUUACACACAUUUUUUGGAGAUUACUCUUAAAACUGUCGGGUGCUGGGAUUGGUUUGAAAAGCCGCGUAAAGAAUGCGAAAUAUUCAUCAAUAAUAUAUAUUUGAGCCUUGUUUUAUUUGUACUUAUUAAUUUAUUAAUAUCGUUACUCGUGAAUUUGUAUAUUGAAUGGAUUGACAUAAUGUCGAGCUUAGAUAAAAUGGCGGACGGGUUACCGUUAAUAGCAUCUGUACUUAUCGUUUCUUAUUUCGCUACAAACAAAGAUGAUUUGUACGAUUUGGUUGGGUUUAUGAACAAUAAUUUUAAAUGGCGUUCUGCUCGAGGGUUAACGAAUAUGACGAUGGUGAAAAGUUAUAGGACGGCGAAAAAUUUUGCCUUCUUUUAUACAGCUUGCACCCUUUUCAGUGUUACCAUGUAUGUGUUCAUGCCUGUGGUACUUCAUCUUUGGACAAAUCAAUCCUUACAACCUUGGAUAUAUACAGAAGUCACUCGAACACCCUUGAUCAUUUUGAUUUUCUUGCGCCAAUGUCUGGCACAGGCUUUUGUGGCGCUUGCUUUGGGACAACUUGGAGUUUUUUUCGCUUGCAACGCUAUCUUGUUAUGUGGUCAGUUAGAUUUAUUAUGCUGUUGUCUUCGUAAUGUGCGUUACACUGCCGUCCUUGAAGGAGGGGUCCAACAUAGCGCGUUAUUGAGCCAAUACAGCGCUAUAGAAGAUGACGAAAAACAUAACUACCUGUAUAACACGACUGAAAUGGUCGAUUCAAAAUACCAUUACGACAACAAAGUGAGACGCAAUUACAUUGGCAUGAAAACAGAAUUCGAUAUAUACAGUUCUGAAUAUGAUGACGCAACCAACGAUGCGCUUAGAGAAUGCGCACGGAUCUGUCAAGUAAUCAACGAAUACAAGGACCGUUUUGAAAAGUUCGUGUCGCCGUUACUUGUGCUGCGGGUUGUACAGGUCACACUGUACUUGUGCACCUUACUGUAUGCUGCUACUUUAAAAUUUGACAUGAUUACUGUUGAGUACUUGGGAGCGGUCGCUUUGGACAUUUAUAUAUAUUGCUAUUUCGGUAACCAAAUCAUUUUACAGGCCGAUCGCGUGACCACGGCUGCGUACCAGAGCGCUUGGCCGACCAUGGGCGUGAAGCCCCGUCGCCUCUUACUCAACAUAUUGCUGUCGAACUUGAAACCCGUGAUUGUGCGAGCUGGUAGAUUCUUACCUAUGAAUCUACAUACAUUCGUCGUGAUUAUAAAGACUUCAUUCUCGUACUACACGCUACUAGUAAAUGUUAAUGAAAAGUAAGAAUCAUGGUCAAUCAUAAAUCUUCUGUUACGUAGUAGUUUAAA